UUUUGUUUUUGUUUUAUGUUUUGCAGUUCUUGCUCUGUUUUUCUUGAUUCGAAUUCUAUUUGCCUCUGGAUUUUACUAGACCUUAAAUUGGAAAUGGCUUGUGAAGUCAGUGACGGGACAGUUUCGAGUGGUUUGGCUAGAAUAGUAGGGAAACAGCAAGUAAUUCCUGACAAGACAUUGUCAUUUUUAAAAUUGAAGUGUAGGGAUGUUCGAGUUACUUCUCAAAUUAGUAGGAAGGUUUUACAGAAUCGAAAUGGAGUUGGAAAUUGGCAUUUAUCCGCCAGUUUUCGACACAAUUAUCUGUUUACUUCACCUGUUGUACACCGAAGAAAUUCCGGUUUUAUCGUGGCUAGGAAUCAGUUGAGCUCAGAUUAUGGGGUGGAUUCCUCCGGAGUGGAGGAAAGUUUGUAUGUAGAAGAAGAUGAUGCCAGUUCAAGGGAUCAGAAUGGUGCAGUGCAGUGGAAAGAACCUUCCCAAUAUCAGCAACAGCCUCUGAAUGUUAAGCGUGAGCUUUUAGCUCUAUGUGUGCCUGCAAUCGCUGGACAAGCUAUCGAACCAUUUGCACAGCUUAUGGAGACUGCUUAUAUUGGAAGAUUAGGUGCCUUGGAGUUGGCUUCAGCAGGCAUUUCUAUGAACAUAUUUAACUAUAUAUCAAAGGUUUUUAAUAUACCUCUACUGAGUGUAGCUACUUCUUUUGUUGCUGAGGAUAUUUCAAAGAAUGCAAUUGAAGAUCCUUCAUCAGAUUCCUUAGAAGGCUGUACAGAUGAGAAACUAGUUGCGCGGUUAUCUGAGAGAAAGCAGCUAUCUUCAGUUUCUACUGCCCUAUUGUUGGCAGUCGGGAUUGGACUUAUUGAGGCUUUAGCGUUGUAUUUUGGAUCUGGAGUGUUUCUUAACAUCAUGGGUAUUUCAUCAGAGUCGUCCUUGCGCAUUCCAUCCCAACAAUUUCUUACACUUCGUGCCCUUGGUGCUCCUGCUGUCGUUCUUUAUUUAACCCUUCAAGGAGUUUUUCGGGGUUUCAAGGAGACCAAAACUCCUGUUCUUUGUCUAGGAAUUGGAAAUUUGCUAGCUGUCUGUCUUUUUCCCUUGUUAAUUUAUUAUUUUCAAUUGGGUGCAACUGGAGCAGCAAUUUCUACCGUUGUGUCUCAAUAUGUUAUUGCCUUUUUGAUGUUAUGGUUUCUCAAUAAACGAGCUGUACUAUUGCCGCCGAAGUUCGGUGCAUUGCAAUUUGGUGUAUACAUGAAAUCUGGUGGUUUUCUUCUUGGAAGAACUCUUUCUGUUUUAACUACUAUGACGUUGGGUACAUCCAUGGCUGCACGUCAAGGUGCGGUGGCUGUGGCUGCACACCAAAUAUGUAUGCAAGUAUGGUUAGCAGUGUCUCUUCUAACUGAUGCCCUUAGUGCUUCAAGUCAGGCUAUGAUUGCUAGCUCCGUAUCGAAAGGUGAUUACAAGACUGCAAAGGAAGUGACAAGCCUAUCCUUGAAGAUAGGAUUGCUCGCAGGUACCAUAUUAUUUGCAAUUCUUGGGCUAUCCUUCGGUUCGCUUGCUACCUUGUUCACCAAGGAUUCGGAUGUUUUAGGAAUUGUUAGAACUGGAGUCUUGUUUGUUAGUGCCACUCAACCUUUGAAUUCUCUGGCAUUUGUCUUUGAUGGUCUGCAUUAUGGUGUCUCAGACUUCUCAUAUGCUGCGUACUCAAUGAUGGUGGUCGGGGCUAUCUCUUCUUCCGUUUUGGUGUAUGCUUCUUCUGUUUUGGGUCUUCGUGGGUUGUGGUUGGGCUUGUCCCUCUUUAUGGGCCUACGUGCUGCUGCUGGUUUUUUCAGAUUACUUUCCAAGAACGGUCCAUGGUGGUUCCUGCACAGUGAUCUCCAGAAUACCAAGGUUCAAACAUCCCCAUAGCUCUCUUCUUACAAUUUCAGAGUUCUUAAUGUUCAUCUGUUUAGACUCUUUUCUAAUUCUAUAGCCUUAUAAGUUGUAGUUCCCACAAUUUUUUCCAUCAAUAAAAUGAGUCCUUUCA